AAGAGGUAUUAUACUCCCCUCUCUGGUGUCCCUUGUCUCCUACCUCUCCUUUAUUCCCUACUAAUAGAAGAGGUAUUAUACACCCCUCUCCAGUGUCCAGUGUCUCCUACCUCCCCUCCCUUCCCUGUAAUAGAAAGAGGUAUUAUACUCCCCUCUCCAGUGUCCUUUGUCUCCUACCUCCCCUCCAUUCCCUACAAUAGAAGAGGUAUUAUACUCCCCUCUCUGGUGUCUCCUACCUCCCCUCCAUUCCCUGUAAUAGAAGAGGUUUUAUACUCCCCCUCUCCAGUGUCCCUUGUCUCCUACCUCCCCUCCAUUCCCUGUAAUAGAAGAGGUAUUAUACUCCCCUCUCCGGUGUCCGCUGUCUCCUACCUCCCCUCCCUUCCCUGUAAUAGAAGAGGUAUUAUACUCCCCUCUCCGGUGUCCCUUGUCUCAUACCUCCCCUGCAUUCCCUGUAAUAGAAGAGGUAUUAUACUCCCCUCUCUGGUGUUCCGUGUUUCCUACCUCCCCUCCAUUCUCUGUAAUAGAAGAGAGUAUUAUACUCCCCUCUCCAGUGUCAAUAUCUCCUACCUCCCCUCCAUUCCCUGUAAUAAAAGAGGUAUU